AUUACGGUCAUCUUCUUGCCACCACCCCUUUUCUCUGCUCCUCUUUUCUUUUGAGGGGACUAUCUACUCCUGCAAGCGAAGCAGCCAUUAGUCUAGCUGUGCUUGUUGAGAACCCAAAUAUAAUGCGAUGCGAACCCUUCUCAAAAGAGGGUUGUCAACUCUUCGCAAGGGUGCAUCACUCCACGGAAAAGCAUGCGAAAGCUGGUGUCAUGAUGCGUCUUGAAGGGCCAUUCCAAAGAUCUUUCUCACUAUUGUACUUGCUUGCUCCCACAGAAAAACAACCCUUCACUCACUUCUCUUGCUACUGAAUCUUCUUUGAGGUGUCAUCAUUAUUAUUGUAUUGGGAUCCUCAUCAUUCUGCUCAGUGAAUUUCAAUCCAUCCAUCAAUUUUGAAGAAGAACAGAACCAACCAUGAAGCUUUCUCUGUUGACGUUGCUUGUGUGGAGCUCUUGCGUUUCGGCAUUUGUGACUCUACCUACUACCACCGUGACUCCUCGUGUCAUUCUCCAUCAAGCCAGUAUCACUGCGGCCGAAUCUCCCGCCCAAGCGGUAGUGUCCAAUUUGUUGGACAAUUUGUUGACGGAACAAGACACGAACCAGUGCAUUAAAUUGUUGCUGCAUUCCUCGACGCACACGUGGAGGAGCAAAAUCUACGAUGCCGUGGGCGCACCGUCUUCGGCGGACGAAACCAAGGUGGCCACGUCCAUUGCCAAUGCCAUGGCAAAACCCGACAAUCAAUUUGCUCUCUUGUUGGGAAAAGCCAAAGAGACGUACGUGGCGGAUUUCCCCACGGAAGCCGUGGAAACGGGAGGGGAAGGAAAAUGUUGGUUGGAAUGUCGACUUUAUGACAAAAACAACGACGGUGAAUUGUUGGUUGUGUCGGGAUGGGAUAUGCAGCAAAAUCCAGUGAAUGGAGAGUGGCUCAUUGAUCGAAUUGAUUGGCAGGAUUUCCGAGAGGCAUUUUAUCCUGGUCUGGGACGAGAAGAAUGGGCAAGAGCAUUCGUCUAGCUAACUAAAAUGGUAUCUUAAACGUAUUUAUUCAUC